GGUUCCGGUUCCGGUCAGGAAGCAGAGCCACACACCUUUAGCAUGUAAACACGGCCUGCUUGUUUCACUCUGACUGCUCAGGAUUUGCCGUCGACUCUGAGCUUUGACUCGUCCGGCGACGGACGGCGAGCAGAGGAGCAGCUCCGCGAUCCUCUGCGGGUUUACUUUGGCCUGCCGUCUUCCGUAGCAGCGGUUAGCCGCCGUGCUACCUGUCCAGGUGCGUUGGUGUGAGCUGCAGUUCUGGACUGUGUCUACCUGGGUAACAGAGGAGAUGAGCAAGUUCAGUGACGGCAGACAGCCUAUAUCCUGCACAGUCAAAGCCCCGGUUUAUUUGCAGAUCGGAGAGUCCAGAGCAGAAACGGCUCAGUCCGGUGUCUGCGUGGUUGACGUCGCCCUCCCCUUUGGAAAAGCUGUCAGUAUUGAGGAAAUCACCUUUAAGAACUACUACACUGCCUACAUUACUGUGCGUCUGCUGAGGAGGACCUCUGCACGCGAUGGCCCGACCAAGUGGUGCACCGCCCUGAGAGACCUGCUCCUCAUGGACAACCCCCACACAGAGAGGGGGUCCCAGGACUACUACUCCAUCCACAGGGACCAAAUGCUGGUGGAGGCAGAUCAUGUGGUGUCAGUGAGGCUGAUCCUGAAACAGCCGUCCUCAGCCUGGCUGGCCUUCAGCCUGGAAGAGAUCAAAAUAUUCCCCCGCAUGGAGCCGGAGCCAGAGAAGGAGGUCUCUGAUUGGCUGUCUGAUCUGAUUCUGGUCGAUCAGCAUCCUGACGUGGAGGGCCUCCCAGACCCCCAGACCGUUUCAUCCAGCAUCCAGCAGAUGUGGGCUCUGACUGAAGUCAUGCAGACCAACCAAACUACGGCCUCCAUCGGACGCUUUGACGUGGACGGAUGCUACGACAUCGACCUGCUGUCCCUGACAUAAUGUGGCUUCCAGUGUCUGAAGAACAGAGCGAAGACAGACCACAUCAGGACGUUAACUUGAUUUAUCUCUGUCCACUGAGCUCCACUGGCCUCACAUUCACAUCAUACCGUCAUGUAACAGUAUGCAAACAUGUACCGUAUUCUCCGGACUACAAGGCGCACCGUGAAUUUACGUGUCUAGUGUGUCUUUGUCCACAUAUAACACGCACCGGAUUAUAAGGCGCAUUACACAUUCUUCCUAAGUGUGUAAUAUCGUCCCUCCCGUAGGAUGACCAGGUGUCCCUGGUUUCUGGGGACAGACCCCGUUUUGGAUGACCUGUCCCCGACUAAAGCUGUCCCCUGAAAUGUCCCCGAUUUCAGUAAAUCAUCAAGUUUAGCGCUACAUGAGGUAUUUAUCCGGUCCUGCUGCUGUCCUGACGUAGUAAAGCUUUGCAGAACACACCUUCCCCGCUCCCUGUCAGCGUUGCAUUUCAGACAAAACAAACCAACAGAGAUUCUAGCUUAACAAAAUCAGAGACGUUCCCAGUUUUCAUUAGAGGAGUCAGAUCUGGUCGCCUUAAGGAGGAAACACUCUGACCACGUGACGGCAGCAGCUUACAGGCGUGUUUUUAAAAGUGUAAAUUUACACCAGACGCUGCAAAGUACGCUGCUGCGUGAUUCUGUAGAGAGAACUUUUGUUAUUAAAAAAAGACAAAUUAUCAGUAAUAUAUCCUUUGUUUUUAUCACCUAAUAGUCAGUGUAUUGACCAUAUCUGAUAAGAAAUUGCAUAUUUUUGUUUGUUAGCUUGUUAGCUUGUUACAUCUACAUCAUCCAUGGUGCUUUAUUUUCAACGACUCUUAUUUUGGGAAACUUCUGGAAGUGAAAAGGACGUUUUCCCGUUUAUUCCCGGCCAAACGGGAACGUAUACGCGUCUGAAACUAGAACUUCAGCCUAAUUUAGGCGUGGCGUAGCGCUAUUCUUCUGCUGUACAUUUAUUAACUGAUUAAAAUGAAAAGCUAAGCGUAGGAUGCGCGUAUGCUGCUUUGCUGCUGCCCUUUGCAACGCGUCCAGUGUGUUUGCUCCUGAGAGACCGAGCUAACCGUCUCUGCUGGGAGGACAGAGUAGCUGGACGUAGAGACACAGUUUACCGUAAUGCUCCUAAUAUCCAUUUAGCAGAGCGACUUCAUUGUUCACCAAAGUAUCACUCACACAUUUUAACAGAUUUCUGAGCCUAUUGUUCCACAUAAAAUCGUCAGUAAGCACAUCGGUGAUUAUAUGUCAGGCGCUCCAUCAAUAUUUAAGAGUUUUAACUGCAUCUUAUAGUCUGGAAAAUACGGUAACCAAGCUUCAAAAUAAGAAAAGCACACCAGACUUUAACUAACCAGUUUCACUCUGUGGUUCUGAUUGUAUUCAGUUAUUUUUUUUUGUUUAGAUGUUGCUCUAAUAUCCUCCAUUAAAUGUAAAAGAUCCGUUCUUCAUCACCUUUAUCACAUCUCACACCAAACAGUGGAUUUCAACUGGAACUUGUGUUUUUGGUGUAAAUACUAAUAAUUCAGACAGCAAAAUACAAAGGAAACCAUAUAAAGUAUGUUACAGUUAAACUGAACAAAGUAUUUUUUUUUACAAUAUUUAACAUUUAGAAUCCUAAAUUUGACCGUUUAAAGUAAAGUUAGAGGUGCUGCUUUCUUUCAAAGCUUUGAAUCCAUAUCAGAAAUGCCGGUUUUUCUCUUCUGACACCUGAGUUUCUGACAGAAGCUGCUGGGUUUGGUGCUGACCGAGUCGUGAUCUAACAUCAGAACAAGGAUAAAUCAUUUCCAGAGGUUCUGUUCAGACGCUGCUGUCUUUAACAGGAAGUCCGUCUGAUCGUCACCGCCUCCCUACAGCACAGCUACUUUUAGGCUUUUCUUUUUCUGCCGUUUGUUCCGUUACCUCACAUUUUUUAUUUAUUUUAUGUAACCUUUAUUUUACCAGGUAGGUCGGUUGAGAACUAGUUCUUAUUUUCAACAACAACCUGGUCAAUAGGUCAUCAUACAGCAGAAAAACAUUAAUCACUAGUUACAUUAUCUACGCGUAACAUGGACUAAACGAUAAUCAGAAACAGUUACAUUCAUCAGAAACAACCGUUCUUAUUGUGGUGAUGAAGGUAGAUAGGGGUGGUAAUAUAUUUAAUGGUUUUUGUAAAUUGUUCCAGUUAUUGGUUGCAGCUAACUGAAAUUAAGUUUGACUAAAUGACUUUGGGACAGUAAUGGUGAGGAUGCUACUGGAAAUAUUGAUGAGAGUAGUCUGAAGGUAUUGAGGAGUUUUGCCAAUUAUAGCUUUAUAAAUUAAUUUGUACCAGUUUAACAGCCUACGAGAAUUUAACGACACAGUGCGCCAUAAUACUGAAGGUGUGAAAAUAAAAUAAGUGACAAAUAAAAUAAUAAAAACAAGAAAUGUUUGCUGUGAAAUAUCGACUAUUUAUUUUGGUUUUAAUACGACAGAAAACACAGAAGUUUGAUCGCUGUGGAGAACAAGGGUGUUAAAACAUUAAUAAACAGAUUUACUAAACUAAAA